AGAAGAAUUUGGUUUUGCGCAUGGCGCCGCUUGACCGACAGCAAAGCGCAAGGCUUGGCGCGUUAGCUUGUUGCGUUUCUGCCGCAGUGUGCCUCACGUUUCUAUCUGCCGAAAGUGGGCAAUCGGCCAAAGAUCUCAAACGGACCUCGCUUCUCGAAGCAACCGGGGCGAGGGGAUUAGACAAUGAGUGGCUUGGUCUUCCCUCAAAGACCGAUUACUAUUCGGAUGACUGGAACAGCGAGGAAAGUCCCGAUGCCUUCGCGGAUGACUGGGAGGGUUACGGGCAUACACCCUACUCAGGGAGAGUGCUGAGUGUCACCGGCAGUGGAUGGGAGCGAUAUCCAUACGGGGAUCUCAAUGCCUACAUUGACGGGGGAGGCGUCUUCAACAACGCAGACUUGGACUUUGAGGUUGGGAAGGAAGGCUGGACGGGAAAGUUCCCCGAGGGGGAGCCAGAGGGUGCGGAGAUCAAAGAUCGGUACUCAUACUUUUGGCCGGUUGAGAAUGGAAUGGGCUACCCCGAGGACGAACUGCCAGCUCGAAGAACGUACGAAUUCGAUGUGAGCAGUGGGGGCAGGUCUUAUGAUAGCUUCUGGGGGGGCAAGGAUCAGAUUUCCGAUUACCUUGAGAAGGAGAAUGAUUUCUUUCGACAUUCGUCGCUCUCUCCUGAGGAAGAUACACACAGGAGAUUGUCGUUCGAUCAAUCCACCGACCAAGAAAAAGCAAACAGAGACACCGAUGGCUACAAGGGUUUCUGGAGAGAAGACAUCGAUCUUGGUGGUGGCCUGGCAGGGGCAAGCAAUGAGGAUGUGCUCGGCGACGACGGGUUGAUUUGGACAUAUCGCAAGGCGUACAAUGACGACAGGGCCUACGACUACAGGGGAUGGCAGCAUGGCGACGACCUCCCACCGGGUGUGAAGAAGAUGGACAUGAGCUCGUCAUGGCCCUGGCAGCUCUUCAACUAUGCAGGUACCCGUUGCAUGGCGGAAAUCAGGUUGGAACCUGACAGGUUUGGCAGUUGA